GCCGGGAGGUAGGGAGCCCGUGGGGGUGGCUCGAGGGGCUCCCGGGCCCGGGCGCCCUGAUUGAUGGUGUCGGCUUUCCCCGCGUCGCCCCCCUACACAUGGCUCAGCGACUUCUCCUGAGGAGGUUCCUGACCUCAGUCAUCCCCAGGAAGCUCCCUCCAGGUCGAUGGACUCCGCCCACCUCCACCACCCUGCCGACCCCACAGUGCAGUCCUGGGGGCCUGACACCAUCCAGCCCAGCCCGCACGGUAUUCACCACCAGAGUCUGUUCAACAACCUUCAACAUCCAGGAUGGUCCUGACUUCCAAGACAGGGUUGUCAACAGCGAGACUCCAGUUGUUGUGGAUUUCCAUGCGCAGUGGUGUGGGCCCUGCAAGAUCCUGGGGCCAAGGUUAGAGAAGAUGGUGGCCAAGCAGCAUGGGAAGGUGGUGAUGGCCAAGGUGGACAUUGAUGACCAUACAGAUCUUGCCAUCGAGUAUGAGGUCUCAGCAGUACCAACCGUGCUGGCCAUCAAGAACGGGGAUGUGGUGGACAAGUUUGUGGGUAUCAAGGAUGAGGACCAGCUGGAGGCCUUCCUGAAGAAGUUGAUUGGCUGACAGGGAGGAGUACUGGCCGUCCUUGCCCGCCUGGGAGCCUGGCUGGAGAGGAGCCCAGUACAACCCACAGCCCUCUGCUGGCCCUCCCCAGACCUCCCCUCCAUCUGAUCCCUGGGAGCCUGGUGACGGGCCUGUGAACACGGGAGCUGGCAGAGGAGUGGUGCUGCUGCCAAUCAGGGGACGUGGUCUCCUGCCCGCCUCUAGAGCCUGUUGUCUUCCCCUAACAUGCAACAUGCUGGAGGAGCCCCAGCUGGCCUGCAUCUCCACGUCCCCCUCCACCUGAACCCCCGGCCGGGCGCAUCUGCCUUUGGCAUUUUCCUGUCCUGCUGCUGAUUAUGAAGAAGGAGGAAAGGGAAGCCAAACAGGCAGGAGUAAUCUGUAAUUCUCUCAUUUCUUGUAGGUCUGUAACGAAGAACUUUAUGUGCCCCUUCUACCUCCUGCUGUGAAGAACCUGUGUUAGGCCCUUGGUUCUUAGGGCGGGAGGCAGAUCUGUGAACAAGUCAAACCAAUAAAGCCAAGGUUUACACUGCCA